AUGGGGGUGCAAAAUCCAUUUUCAUCUGCUGAUAGGCAAGGUAUCAGAUGUCCAAUGGGCGUGGCCCCUGCUGCCAUGCAAAAGAUGGCUCAUUCAGACGGGAAGAAGCAAUGGCAAGAGCCACCGGUAAAAGAAGCUGGCCCCUUGGGCUCAGUAGCUUCAGUACAACAAGCCUGGAAGAUGUUAUCAGUCACGCCAAGAUCUCACACAGCAAUGCAGUCUGCGCUUUACAAAUGCAUAUCUUCGAGGAAAGAAGUACAAGUCUUGAUCUCAUACGACGGACCGAGGAGUCCGGAUACCAGGCCAUCAUACUCACAGUCGAUACACCAUUCUUUGGCCGCAGACUUACCGAACUGA